AUGGCUGCUGCUGCUCUCCGCCGGGCGCUGCUGCUCCGAGUCCUGCCGCCGCCGCCGCCGCUCGUGGUGCUGCUGCUGCUGCUGCUGCUGGCCGCUCUGAGCAGCGCACGGGACGUCCACCUGCCCCCUGGGCCCUUGCACCGUGUGGUGGGCACCUCCGUUUCUAUCCCCUGCAAUGUGUCGGAGUACGAGGGACCCACUCUGCAGCACUUCGAGUGGUUUUUGUACCGCCUGUCCGCUCCGGACAUCUCCAUCGGGGUGGUCAGCACCAAAGACCCCAGCUUCCCAUAUGCCAUCUUUGGGCCACGGGUCAAGGCAGAGGUGUCCAUCCAGCGUGUGCGGGGGGACGCAGUGGAACUGCGCAUCAAGGAGAUACGUGCGGAAGACGCGGGGAUCUAUGAAUGCUACACCCCCUCCACCGACUCCAAAUACCUUGGUACCUACAGCAGCAAGGUGGAACUCAGAGUGAUGCCCGACAAGCUCUCUGUCUCUGCUGCCCCUCCUACUGUCACCAAGACCCCCCUCCGGAGUCGUGGGGCUGUCGCCGCUUCCCCCCCUCUGCCGCAGUUGGCUCUUUCGGAGAGCCAGGAGCUCCGGCUGACCUGCACAGCCCUGACUGAGACCCGGGAGCACACCCACCUCUCGGUCUCCUUCGGCUUCUCUGGGCCGGAGCCCCCCGGGACGGUACAGGAGGUGAUCAGGGUGCGGAGAGAUUUUGCUGUGGAGGCCGGCGGGCGCUUUGCAGAGCGGCACAAAGCCCAAGAGCUGUCGGUCACGAAGCUGGGCCACCAGCAGUAUCAGAUGGCACUGGGGUGGCUGAGGCCAGAAGACGCGGGGCUCUACCACUGCACUGUGGGGGAGUGGAUCCAGGAUCCCGAUGGCAGCUGGCAACGGAUCGCUCAGAAGCAGGUGGCGCUGGCCCGGGUGACCGUCCGAACCGUUGCUAGUCAGCUGUUGGUGUCUGCGAGUCCUCCCCAGAUCCGGGUCAGCUCCGGAGACCCCCUGGAGCUUCUCUGCAACACCUCCGGCCUCCCGGCGUCCCCUUUGCCCCACAUAGUCUACACAGUGGGCUGGGAACUGAGCGAGGGAGAAGAGGCCAUGGAGGGACGUCUCGUGGCCCAGCUGGACACAGAAGGGGCAAUCAUGCUGGGAGAAGGCUACACCAACCGGGACGUGGGGCAACGGCACGUGUCCCUGCAGAAGCUGGCCUCGCCCCUGGGCUCCUACCAGCUGCGGAUCGAGUCCACCCAGCCGGGGGACGUGGGCAUCUACCGGUGUGUGGUGAGGGCUUAUGUCCUUUCUCCAAGAGCAGAGCCACGCCAGGUGGCCACAAGCAGGUCGCAGGGGCUGGCCGUGGACAUGAAAUCGGAAGCUGUCGUGCUGAGUGCCACCGCGUGGCUGCCGUCUCCCACCAUCUACAGAGGGGACAUGGCUGAGGUUCGCUGCAACGUCUCUGUGGAAUCGACGCAGUCCGUCCACGUGGCUCUCAGCUGGUGGGUGGAGCCGGCACGGGAAGACUUGGAGGAGCGUGGCCACCUGCUGGCCUCAGUGAGCCGCGAGGGGGUGGCUGUCCUUGGGCGCCGUCCUUCGGGUGGUGCUGUGAGUGUGGAGAAGGUGGGGCCGCAGAGCCAUCAGCUGCGCAUCCACGAGGUUCAGCCGUCCGACGAGGGGAAGUACCACUGUGCCCUCACCGCCUGGGUGCGCUCGCCGGACCUCAGCUGGUACAAUGCUGGAGCCGUGCAGUCCAACACUGUCACCGUCUACCCCUACGCUCUGCCCAUGGACACCUUGUUUAUCCCCCUGCUGGCAGGGAUCAGCAGCGCCCUCUUCAUGGGCAUCACCGUGCUCGCCUCCGUCACCUGCUGCUUCAUGAGAAGGCUCCGCAAGAGGUGA